CCCCGCCUGGGAGUCGUCGCCGGGGACUCGUGGCGGCCGGGGACUCGUCGCUCAGCGGCGCCGGGACGAGCGGCUGCCCUGGGGGCUCGCAGGAUGCCGGCGGCUGCUCGGCGGCGCGGAGUGCGGCUGCUGUGGGCGCUGCUGUGGGUGGCCCUGGCGCGCUGCUACAACGUGGACGUGGGUCGCCCCGUGGUUUUCCAGGGCCCUAACGGUUCCUUCUUCGGAUACUCGGUGCUGCAGCACUACCACGACAGCACGCGGUGGGUCUUGGUUGGUGCUCCCAAGGCAGAAUCUAAAUACAGCGCCUCUGUUAAGUCCCCAGGAGCAGUAUUUAAAUGCCGAGUCCACACCAAUCCUGACAGAAGAUGCACAGAACUGGAUAUGGGUCGAGGCAAUUCUCGGGGCACACUCUGUGGAAAGACCUGCAAAGAAGACAGAGAUGAUGAAUGGAUGGGAGUCAGCCUGGCUAGACAGCCGAAGGCUGGUGGAAGUGUGCUGGCGUGUGCACACCGCUGGAAAAACAUCUACUACGAGACAGAGUACAUCCUGCCCCACGGCUUCUGCAACAUCAUUCCCCCCAACCUGCAGCCCAAAGGGAGGAAGCUCUGGCCCUGCUAUGAAGAGUACAAGAAGAAGUACGGAGAGGAGCAUGGCUCGUGCCAGGCAGGGAUUGCAGGCUUCUUCACAGAGGAACUGGUCAUCAUGGGGGCACCAGGAUCUUAUUAUUGGACAGGAACUGUCAAAGUCCUGAACCUCACUGACAACACGUAUUACAAGCUAAAUGAUGAUGCCGUGAUAACCAGGCGGUACACCUACCUUGGAUAUGCGGUGACAGCAGGUCAUUUCUCUCAGCCGACUACCACGGAUGUUGUAGGAGGAGCUCCCCAGGAUGGAGGCAUCGGAAAGGUUUAUAUUUUCAGAACAGACAGACGAUCAGGCUCUCUGAUAAAGAUUUUUCAGGCUUCAGGAAAAAAGAUGGGCUCUUACUUUGGCUCCUCCUUAUGUGCAGUUGAUCUGAACUCUGACGGGUUGUCAGACCUGCUGGUCGGAGCACCUAUGUUUUCUGAGAUCAGAGAUGAAGGUCAAGUCACAGUCUAUAUCAACAGAGGAAAUGGAGUGCUGGAAGAACAGCUCGUCCUGGAUGGUGACAGUGCCUACAAUGCACACUUUGGGGAGAGCAUGGCAGCCCUCGGUGACAUCGAUGACGAUGGCUUCCCAGAUGUUGCCAUUGGAGCACCUAAGGAGGACAACUACAUAGGAGCAGUGUAUAUUUACCAUGGGGAUGCCAAUGGUAUUGUGCCUCAGUAUUCAAUGAAGCUGUCUGGGCAAACAAUAAACCCGACGCUGCGGAUGUUUGGCCAGUCCAUAUCAGGGGGAGUCGAUAUGGAUGGCAAUGGUUAUCCAGAUAUGACUGUUGGAGCCUUCUUGUCAGACAAUGUGGUGCUUCUGAGAUCCAGGCCUGUCAUUACCAUGGACAUCUCCAUUUUCCUGCCCACGUCCAUCAAUAUCACAGCUCCUCAGUGCCAUGAUGGCUUGCAGCCAGUGAAUUGCCUCAAUGUCACAGCAUGCUUUCGCUUCAGUGGCAAGCGUGUUCCUGGAGAAAUAGGUUUGAAUUAUAACUUGACUGCUGAUGUGGCAAAGAAGGAAAAGAGCCAGCAACCCAGAGUUUACUUUGUGACUUCUGGAGAGGCAGUGGGGCAGAUCGCAGAGAAGUUACAACUGUCAUACAUGCAAGAAAAGUGUGAGCACUACCUAGCCUAUGUCAAGAAAAGAGUCAAAGAUGUCAUAUCUCCAAUUGUGUUUGAAGCUGCGUACAGCCUUGGGGAGCACAUGCUAGGAAGAGGGAAAGAGGACAAGGAACUACCUGCUCUCAAACCCAUUCUCCGCUGGAAGAAAGGACAGAAGAUAGCUCAAAGGAAUCAGACUGUUUUUGAGCGGAACUGUCAAUCUGAUGACUGUGCUGCUGAUUUGAAACUUCAGGGUAAAUUAUUGCUGUCUAGCGUUGAUGACAGAACUGCCUACCUGGCCCUGGGAGCAGUGAGGAACAUCUCACUUAAUGUUUCCAUCUCUAACGUUGGGGAUGACGCCUAUGACACCAAUGUGUUCUUCAAUUUUUCUGGGGAGCUCUUCUUCAUCAAAAUGUGGCAAAAGGAGGAGCUGGGCAUUGCCUGUGAGUUGCUCGAGUCAGACUUCCUCAAAUGCAGUGUGGGAUUUCCUUUCAUGAGAUCGAAAUCAAAGUAUGAGUUCAGUGUGAUCUUUGACACGAGCCACUUGUCUGGGCAGGAGGAAACGCUUACCUUCCUUGUCACUGCCCAAAGUGGAAACAUAGAACGGACUGAAUCUCUGCACGAUAACACUCUAAUCCUGUCAGUGCCCCUGAUGCAUGAAGUAGACUCAUCUAUCAGUGGAGAAGUCUUCCCUACUUCAUUUUUCUAUGGUGAUUCUGUGGAAGCAUCAAACUUUGUUCAGUUGGAAAACCAUGAAUGUCUUUUCCAGUCACUCAACUUCACACUGCAGGUUUACAAUGCUGGACCAAGCACUCUUCCUGGAGCUUUUCUUGACAUUUCAUUUCCAAACCGCCUCUCUGCCACUGGAGCUGAAAUAUUUCACGUUCAGCAGAUGAUGGUUGGUCAGGACAAAGGAAGCUGUUCUUUUCAUAGAAACCUCAGCCCAUGUGUUGUUCCUCAAGAGAAUGAAAAUAUCUUCCACACAAUAUUUGCUUUUUUCACAAAGUCUGGCAGAAAAGUAUUGGACUGUGAAAGACCAGGCAGGUCCUGCUUAAUUAUACGCUGCAAUUUAAGCUCACUAGCCAAAGCAGAGUCCUGUGACAUAAGCAUCUACACGCUGCUGAAUACUGAGAUACUGAAGAAGGAUAGUUCAUCAGUCAUCCAGUUUGUCACAAGGGCGAAGGUGCAGGUGGACCCUGACCUCAGAGUUGUAGAGGUACCUAAUGGGAGCCCAGAAGAAAAACCAGUGGUCUUUGAGGCUUUGCACAAUCUGGAGCCUCGUGGGUAUGUUGUCGGAUGGAUCAUUGCCAUCAGUUUGCUGGUGGGAAUUCUCAUCUUCCUGUUGCUGGCUGUGCUCUUGUGGAAGAUGGGCUUCUUCCGCCGGAGGUACAAAGAAAUUAUUGAGGCCGAGAAGAGCAGAAAGGAAACUGAAGACAGUUGGGACUGGGUCCAGAAAAAUCAGUGAACUCCCCAUGAAAAAUAAAGCCCAGUCAUGUGACACGUGCUUGCUAGCCUAUAGGUCCUGCUCUCGUAUCUUCCAUAUGUGGAAGAAGGAAUCUUCUCCAGAUUUUUCGGAGACCCCAUUGAUGCUGUGUCUUGAUCCUUCCAACAAGCUAGGGAACAUAUCCUGAGGCAACCACUGCAGCCAUGUCAGGUGACUGGAGCAAUUUACACUUCUUUUAAGAGCUGAACUUGGAACUUUGGUAACAAAGCUGCAGUGCAGAGCAAUAUUUAUGAAUCCAACUAUGUGGUAUACCCUCAGGGGAAGACUGAUACCUAAAAAUAUUUUUUAUAAAUAUAAGCUUUUUAUAUUGAUUAUGACUUUAUAUUUGUAUCAAUGUUUUAUAGUUUCUAUUAAAUAGCUAUAUAGUUCACUCAAGCACUGAUAUCUGGCUAAAUCCUUGGAAAUACAUAUCUGUAUAUAUAAAUCCUAUUGUACUUUCAAACUUCAAUGCAAGAGAGGAAAGAGAUUUGCAGAUAAAAGUAGCUGAAAUCCUCAUAUGCUUAAUUCACGAGGCUUGGUAAUGUUGUAUAUAGACCAUUUAUUGGCAAUAAGCCAGUGUCUUUUCACUAUCUCUUGUUUUGAGUUGAAUUUGAUUGGUGUUUGAUUCAUAAACAAAAGAACCUAAAGUAUUACACAGUUGUGUUGCUCUGUAUCUGAGUCUAUCCUUUCCUGGCCUGAAUGGGAGAGGAUGAAAAACACUUCCUUGGCCAAGGGUAGCAAGACUUGCAGCUUGCUUUGGCUCACUGAAGAAAGCAUCACGGAAUGUUUUCCUUUUGGAAGCUUUCUCUUGCAGCCUCUAGUAUUUUGGCAAUGUUCUAGGGCUGUCCAGUUGAGAUACCAGAAGGAUACAAUUGGGUCAACCACUAUGGCAUUGAUAAAUUCCUUGGAAUUAAAAAAAAAAGGCAUAUUAAUGUUAAGGAUAAUUUUUAAGCUACUGUUAAAUGUUUGUGAUCUCUUGCCGUCAAAGCAAGUGAUAAAUUGCCAGAAGCUAUGACCAUUGUACCUGCCUUGUGAAUUUUAUACAUGGGUCAUGAUUUUUUUUAAUAUGAUAAUUUUAAGAAGGAUAGGGAGAUGUAAGAGUUACAAUAUUUGGAUCUUUGUAUCUUGAGAUUCCCUAUCUGGGUGUUCCAAGUACUGAAUGUCAUCCUUCCUAAAGUGUGAAGAAGGAAGUUCAGUUAAGGUGCAGACCUUAUUAGAUCUCAGAUUGCCACUUUAUUUGCUGGUAAUUCUUUAGCAAACCAUUUGUUGCAUUAGGAGAAACUUAAUUGUAAUUAAUUCAACUAUGUUUCUUCAGAAAGCUCUUCAAUUUCUGAAUAGGAAUAGUGAAACUCUGUAAGAUUUGGUUUUGGAUUCUACUUAUACUUUGCACCUUGUGUAAAUAAGAAGUAAAUGUCAUGUUAGUAUAAAAUCCAUGUAAGAGAUAGAAGUGUUGAGCUCUGUGGUGAAGGUGAAGGAGCAACAGAAAUGAAUGAUUGCAGGAUGUCUCCUUCCAUAAGGAUAAGGUAGAGGAACCAUUUGAAGUUUGGAAACUCAGAUGCAGAGAACAUACAAGGAAAUCUGCUUGGAAACAGGUCUUAUUCUUGCUUUUCCUUGCCACAAUUAUUAUAGCUUCAAAUUUAAAAAGAAAUAUUCCACCAAUCCCUGGCCCCCCACUGGCAUUAAGUGCCUGCUGUUCCUACAGUAUCGAUCAAUAUUUAUUAACUUAACAAUCUGCACCCAUUAGGCAAAGACAUUUAAGUGAAUGAAGUGUAUUGAUUCAAUGUUUGACAAAAGAAGCUAUUAGUCUAUUCAGUUAUCUGUCUUAAAACAAUCAUUGGUGAAUUGACAGAUUUCAUAUAACAAAUUAUCAUUUAAACCAGAACAUGAAAGAAAAUCAAAUCUUGUUAUAACCACAUGUAGUGGACUGACGAUUUUUCAUCAGGGUGCAAAACAAAAGGCUGAUGACCUUUGCCUGUACCGUUGUGUUAGAGGCUAAUGAAUACCUCACAGUGUAUUUCAGACAUCAAUUAGUUUUACUAGUAUUUACACAUUAGGUAUCUAUUUUUUUCUGUUGUCAAAAAAUACUUAAGGCUGUAACAGAUAGAUAGAAGUUGGACAUGAGACUGAUUCACAACCAUGAAUUGAAUAAGAAAUUGCUGAAAAUAAUUGUUGGAACAAAAAAGUAAAUUUUCUUAGCUGUAGGAAUUUUUGUUAUCUUCCCUCACUAAAACUGAGACCUCCAAAAGAAAUUAUAAAAUUAAAUUUGCUGAAAAAAUGAGGAGGAUAUUCUCUUUGAGAAGUUGAAAAGCCUCAUCUCCGUGUUUGAAAGAAAAAUGAACUUUCAUAUCUGCCAAAGUGGUUCAUUGCAAUAUUUUAAAAAUCAAGAUUGUUAAUUCCUUUGAGACAUCUUUUUGAAGUAUGCAAAGAAAAGAGUUUAAAUAGGUAAAGUAUCCAUUUAGCAUUUCAUAUUAUAUGGAUUUUUUUUCUCAAGGCUUUUUUUUUCUUGUUUGUCUAAAGUAAAGAACAAAUCAAAGUAAAUCCCAUUUGAUUGAGCCCGUACUGGACUUCUUUGAUAUCAGACUUCAGUUCUCUGCUAUUGAUCCAGCACAAGUCAUCACUCAGUAAAAAUCUAGUUUUUGGCCAGAUUACUGACAUAUUCUUGAAAUAAUACAUGAAUCCUUUGUAUCAUCACUGUUAGGUACUCGCUAAUUCUGUUGUCACAGAUGCGUUUGUAUGUAUAUUCUUCAUAAUUUUGUUCUUUUUUGGUUUUGGUCAAAUUCCAUUGUUUGUUUCCAGUUAAACUAGUCAGAUUGGACAAUAUAACAUACCAGUACUUAAUAUUAAAGUGCUGUAGAUGCACUUCUUUAAAAAGCAUCCAAACAAAUCAACAGCCUCACUAAUAUCUGUUGAUUGCAAGCAGUUUCUUACCCAGAAAUCUUUUGAAAAUGUAAAACACAUCAAGAAUGUGCUGCAAAUAGUUGUGCUGGGUUGGGGUUUUUUUAAAUAAGAAAUCGUAAUAGGUGUAUCAAAAUCUAGAGACAUGGCUACUUUGCAAAUUGCUUCUAGGGCUCUGGAAGUUCCCAUCUGUCAACUGCUUGUCAAUUCCUUUGUGCUCUACGGCUGGGGGAAGUCAUUGUAUCAGUUCUCUCCAGUUAAUCUAUUUUAUCACAAAAUCAUCAAUUUCUUUGGAUAACUUCAUUGAAAAGUUUGCUGGUCUGGUGUUGCUUGGAUUUUUUUUUGCAGCAGGCUCACUUUGCACAGGCUCUAAGCUCUGCAGGUAGAAUCUUGGAAGUGAGGCAGUAAUGUUUUCAAAUUCAUCAUCUGAGAGAUCUUUGGUUUAAGGCUUGAGCUUGCAGGGUGUCUUCCUAAUGGGUGGUACUCUCAAGUAGUACCCUUCCUACCCUUUUAGGAUAGGAAGAAAACUAUCUCAGAAAAAAAUGAUCAGGAAGAAAGAGAGGAAGGAGUAAGGAAAAAUAGGCUUAAUGCAGAGCAUGUGCUGUUGCAGCCCCACUUAAUUUUCAUCUUGACAUCGGGAAGAUCACAGGAAGUGAAAUUCAUCCCUGUGACAGAGCUGGAAGCUCUUGCUGCCUUUCACAACAUUUUUUGAGACUGUUUCAUUUGAAAACUCAAGGAUUUGCUCUUGGAGGUGAGUCCCUAUCAGUUCACCCCAAGCAACAGCAGAGCUAGUGUGCUCUGAGGCUGUCACUAGCAAGUAUUUGGGCAUGGUAGCUAACAGAAAAACUAGCUGUUUUGCUGAAUAAACCUAGUUUUAAAUUGCUAGAAUGAGGAAGUCAGCAAACUGUAGAAAAUACUGGAGCAACCUCUGAAUUGAAGUGGCCCUCACGAAUCACUUGGAUCAUGUGAGAGCACAGUUGUGUUAUGUGUAAACCCCAAGCCUGUAACCACUCAAGCAAUCCUUUCAUCUCAAAGUGGCAAAGGCUUUUUCAGUGCCAAGCCUCCUGAUAAGGAAAACCUUCUCUGCCUUGAGAGAGGAACAGGAAGGACCUUGCAGACAAGUCAGUGGUGGGCAGGUAACUCUGCUGAGAGCAGCAACUGUGACAAGAUUGUGUUUGGCAAUAUUUACUGUUGUCUUUCUUGAAUGUCUUCUGUUUAUGGGCAUGUUUUGGAGACUUGAACAGGUUUUGAGCAUAGUAUCCCUGUGGCAUGGGAAUAUAUACUGCUUUCACUAAAGGAUUAAGGGAGUCACGGAGCUAAUUUCUGCUUUUGUCCAAGUUCAUCCACUUGCCAGGGUUUCUUGGAUAUAAACGAAAGUAGGAUUUGGUUCAUUUAGCAUACAUUGAUUAAUCUGGCAUGAAGACUAUAAUUGCUUUUGGAGCACGAUUUAGGGUACCUGCACCAUUGUCACUCCUUUUUUUCUUAGAAUGUCACUCCUUAUGUCUUGUAAAAUUGUAUGUUUCUUUUUGUGAACUUGUGGUUGGAAGAAUGUGUUUACUCUUAUUGAUGUCACCGGUAUUUAGAAGCUCGUGUUCACCUGUAUUCUAAUUCACUUGCACUGUUUUGGAAAUGUCAGGUUUACAAAAAUACAACUUUUUGGAAUAAAAAAAAAAUGGCUGCAAAAUUAUCCUAAUAGUAUCAUUUUGUCACUUAUUGUCUUUGUCCUGCUCAAGUAUUUUCUUGUGUAUGUUUGAAUUAGAUGGUUUGUGCGUGGGUAAUGGACAUCUCUUAUUGUUUGUGUGAGGAUAAUAGACAUCUCUUAUUGUAAUGCUCUGACUUGUGUAAAAUCAACCUAUUUGGAGGUGAAGAGUAUAACUAGCUAGAGUACAAUCUUAUAAAACCAUGGAAAUAAAAUAGUAGCAGUGGAAAUGAUUUAUAAU